AUGGCUGCCUUCACUGGAGGGGAGGUCUACAAGACAGAGUUCGAGCCCAUGGCGUACCUGGAAUACUUCAAGUUUGGACGAGGCACCUUGGGGGAUGAGUCCCUCACAUUUGUCCUGAAACACUACUGCAAAACCUUCACUUUGGGUGCUGUGACAGGCCACACCCUGAUUGAUAUUGGCAGUGGACCCACCAUUUACCAGCUGCUUUCUGCCUGUGAGUCAUUUAAGGAGAUCAUUGCUUCGGAUUACAUAGACCAAAAUUGCCAGGAGCUGCUGAAGCGGCUGAAGAACGAGCCCGGAGCAUUUGACUGGACUCCGGUGGUGCAGCACGUGUGUGAGCUGGAGGGAGACAGGAACAAAUGGGCUGAGAAAGAGGGUAAGUUACGAGGAGCCAUCAAACGUGUCCUAAAAUGUGAUGUCCACAAAAGCAACCCCUUGGAUCCCGUUGUCCUGCCUCCGGCCGACUGCCUGGUCUCAUCGCUGUGCUUGGAAGCUGCCUGCAAAGACCACAGCUCGUACUGCGCCGCUCUGAGGAACGAAUUUUUGAGGGGGGCCCUUAGUGCAACUGGCUUUGCCAUCCAGGAGUUUGACGUCCUCUCCAGGGACGACGACACCAUGCAGGAAAUCUACCAUUUCUCUGGGAUGUACUUCAUUGUCGCCCGCAAAGAGAAAGCGAUUUAA